CAAAAAGAGAGCUUUUGAGUUUAAAUGGGUUUGGGAAAGGAAAAAUCCUUGUAAUAAGAAGCUCAACUCUUUCUCCCAUGUCGGCAAAUCCCAUUUCAGGAAGUACUGGAGUUUGCAUCUGAAGAUUUUCUGCUUCUUCUGUAACGUAUUCUGUUGCUGAAAUGUUUAUGCUUUCGUUUUAAGAAAAUGUUGCUUGCUGUUGCUUUAGUUACAAGUAGAUUUGUGUCGGAUGUGGUUUGACUGCUGUUGGAAAGAAGAGAAGAAAUUGGUAAUUAGGGAAGCUGGUGCUUGUGUUGCCCGUAAAGUGUUUUCAUGGAAAACUCUACUCCUGUUUCUGGCUCACUUGAUAAGUCUAGGGUACUGGACGUGAGGCCCUUGCGGUGUCUUCUUCCUGUAUUCCCAUCAGCACCUAAUUCUUCUUCAUUUCCAAAUACCCAUGAUGGUGCCCCAUUCGGUUUUGCACCACCAUCUGGUCCUUUCCCACCUGGGGUUGCCCCAUUUUACCCCUUUGGUUCGCCAGGAAACCCAGCUGCUGUACCCAAUCAAAAUGCACACUUUACUUUCACCAACCCAAUAUCUACUGCAGUCCCAAUCACUACAAUUAGGACUCCAUCCACCCAGCAUGCGGCAGAGGCCAAUGGAGAUACGAGUAAGCCAAAGAGGCCGAAAAGUAGUAUUAAGUCCCUGAAGAAGACUAAGGCUGGCCGGCACAUUGAUAUUGCCUUGGCUGAUGCUGACAUAGAAUCAGUGGUUGAAAAUGUUCUCGCAUCAUCUAAUCUCACCACAUUUGACAUGGUCCAACAAGCCAAUGGGGACAAGGAGUUAGUUGCAUACAUACUCAUGAUGUAUGAUUUUCUCCGAAGAAAGGUGACUCAAAUUGAAGAAUCGAAGGAAGCAAUUCCAGGAGUUACAAGACGACCUGAUUUAAGAGUAGGUAAUAUUUUGAUGAAUAAAAAGAUCCGGACAAAUAUGAGGAGGAGAAUUGGAGCUGUGGCUGGUGUUGAAGUUGGGGAUAUUUUCUUUUUCAGGAUGGAGUUGUGCUUGAUUGGAUUGCAUGCUCCAUGUAUGGCUGGAAUUGAUUACAUGAGUCUUAAAAUUAGUCAAGAUGACGACCCCAUAGCAGUCAGCAUUGUUUCAUCCGGAGGAUAUGAGGACAACAUGGAGGAUGGGGAUGUCUUGAUUUAUAGUGGCCAAGGUGGGAAUUAUUACCGGAAAGGUAAGGAAAUAAGUGAUCAGAAGCUUGAAAGAGGUAAUCUUGCUUUGGAGAAAAGCUUGCAUCGAGGUAAUGAGGUUAGGGUGAUUCGGGGUUUUAAGGAUGUAGCAUAUACAACUGGAAAGGUAUAUGUCUAUGAUGGUCUUUACAAAAUCCAGGAGUCGUGGGUGGAGAAAGGAAAGUCAGGUUGCAAUAUAUUUAAGUACAAACUUGUCAGGUUACCUGGCCAGCCUGAAGCAUUCAUGAUUUGGAAAUUGAUUAAGCAAUGGAAGGAAGCAAUUAAUGCUAGGGUUGGGCUUAUAUUGCCAGAUCUUUCUUUGGGGGCAGAAAAUUUACCUGUGUCUCUUGUAAAUGAUGUUGAUGAUGAGAAGGGCCCUGCUUAUUUCACUUAUUUUCCUACUCUGAAGAAUUCAAAACCAGGAAAUCCUAUGGAACCCUCUACUGGCUGUAUUUGCAUGAAUGGAUGUCGUCCUGGAGAUCCCAACUGCCCUUGCAUUAAAAAAAAUGGUGGUUAUCUCCCAUAUAAUCCAAAUGCAGUUCUUGUCAACCAAAAGUCCUUGAUAUAUGAGUGUGGUCCUUCCUGUCAGUGCCCUCCUAAUUGCAGGAACCGAGUAUCACAAGGUGGUCUGCGAGUUCGCCUGGAAGUGUUUAAAACUAAGGAUAAAGGUUGGGGUCUAAGGUCUUGGGAUCCUAUCCGUGCUGGAGCUUUUAUAUGUGAAUAUGCAGGUGAAGUUCUAGCUGACUAUGAGGUAGAGAAGCUUGGAAGUGAAAAUGAUGAUGAUUGCAUUUUUGAUGCAACCCGCAUUUAUCAGAUUUUGGAGAUGCCUGGUGAUUCCAAUGAGACUCCGAAGAUUCCGCAUCCUUUAAUUAUAAGUGCAAAAGGCAUUGGGAAUGUAGCUCGUUUUAUGAAUCACAGCUGCUCUCCAAAUGUAUUCUGGCAGCCAAUUUUACGUGAAAAUAAAAAUGAAUUGGACCUCCAUAUUGCUUUUCAUGCGGUCAGACACAUUCCUCCUAUGACAGAGUUGACAUAUGAUUAUGGGAUAGUUCCGCAUGACAAAGCAGACCUGAGGAAAAAAAAAUGCCUUUGUGGGUCGAUAAAGUGCAGAGGUUAUUUUCACUAAUGUUUAUAUCAAUAGGCAUCUGUCAAUGAAGAUGGUCCUUGCUAACUUAAUCUUCUAAAAAAGGCGUUUAGGGGUGUGGCACACAGAUUCGAGAGGGUUUGAUGGAUAUGUCAAGCUGUAUACACAGUGCCUGUAGUUUACAGCAAGAAAGAACUUCAAGGUGACUUGGGAACUUCAAGGUGACUUGGGCACAUUACCUUAAGAACUACUUUUGACUGGCAUCCAAGAAUGCCAAAUUUUCCUACUUAUCUUGUAAGUGAAUUGGUUCACCGAAGACCUCUUCUCAGAUCUGUAUGUAGUAAUAUUUGCAAGUUGUAGUAUGGAACUUUAUGAGACACAGGUUUUGUGUAAUAUAGUUUAGUGUUAUCCAUCUCUUCUCUUUUAAUCUUUAGUGAAACUAGCUUUCCAUUUUUGGGAAGUGCACUUCUGAUACAUAAUUAAGAUUCAGCAUAUUUAAGCU